AUGGCGACCUCGUCACCUCGCACAGCGAUGUUUUCGUCGGCGGCGAUGAAACAGUAUCUGCAGCAAUCGAUGGAGGACGAUGUCCUCUGUGCCUUUGGCCCCGACUACUUCUACGGCGCGCGCGCCGGUGCGUGCGUCGGCUCCCUGUUCUCUGCGACUCUCUGCUGGUACACAUUUCGACUGCUAAAGGAGGACCAUCGGGAGGCAGACUUCCUCGCCGGUCUCAAGCAGGGCCAGCGCAACCCUCACUUCUCUACGUGGACUCUUCUGCGCGGCUUGCGCACUCAGCCGAUGCUCACCACCGGGUGCAUUGCGCUUGCCAUCACGUCUGCAAUGAAGUGCGUCAAGUGCUACCUGGCAAACCUCCGCUGCCGCGAGUUUUUCAUUGACGACGUGCACUUCGAUAUGAUCAGCAAACUGAGCGAAACGGACUCAGAGGCGAGGGAUUUUAUGGCGACAGUUUCGCAUAAUGCGACCGGCUGCGGUGCAGGCGCACACGAUGCAUUUCCGACUUUCAGAGAGGAUUGCAGUGAAGGCCAACCCACUCAGUCGCCUGCCCCUAGGGCGUCUGCGUCGAGAUCGACAGUGAAUGGCCUAUUCCACACUCACAGUAGUAGGCUAGAUAACAAAGAGUCCACUCUUAUUCACCGCGCGCCAACAUACUACGACGGGGUUGCCGUCGCGCUUCUGGGCUCCGUUUUGGACUGCUACUUGCCUCAAAAACCGGUUCAGAAGUACUAUAACAUGCGUGUCGGUACCUGGUAG